ACAACCACGAUACAAUCUUGGUCUUUCGACGAAAAGAUUUCAAAAGAGAGCGACAGAGAGAGGGAGCCAGCAGCACAGCAUGGAUGGGUUACAAGGUUUAGGCCUUCCUAUUCUAGGAAUAGUGGCAGCUGCGGCUGUGACCUUCUAUGCCGUAAGCUUUUCCGAGCUCAGAGAGAAAUCUUUCCAAGACUUGGAAGAUUCAGAAGCUGACGAUGGAAGAUUCAAACCAUCACUAACCUCAAGAGAAAAACGUGCCAGAAGAAAAGCCCAGAAAGAAUCCAAGUUCUGACUAUAUUUCUCCUCACUGCAUUGAAUCUGCAGUACUGUUUUCUCUCACUAUCUCAUCUACCUAAUUAUAACACUUCUGCUUAUUUGUUUAUAUAUAAAAUAUAUAUGACUGGCUUGUAGAAUGUGUAUUCCAUUUUAUAAAGAGGGGAAAAAAAGAAGAAAGUGAAGACUUGAUUAUGUUUUGGUAUUCAA